UUAUUAGCCAGGCCACAAGGUGACACGGGCUGGCUGUGCAAGGCUGGCCGUGGGCUGUGGGAGUGCUCAAGUGUGCAGGGUGGCUGGCAGCCUAGGCUUGGAAUGGACAGCCUUCAGGACACAGUCCCCCCAGCCCAAGGGGGCUGCUGCCCUCCUCUCCGUAGGCUGGUCCCUGUCGGCUUUGGAGCGGAGGCAUGGAAGCUUUUUGUCCUUUCGGGACCCCUGUUCCUGUUCCAGGUGCUGACCUUCAUGAACUAUAUCGUGAGCUCUGUGUUUUGUGGGCACCUGGGCAAGGUGGAGCUGUCAUCGGCAACCCUCUUUGUGGCUUUUGUCAAUGUCUGUGGAAUUUCCAUAGGACUUGGCUUGUCCUCGGCAUGUGACACCUUGAUGUCUCAGGCCCGGGCUGUUUUGCAGAGCUUCGGCAGCCCCAACAAGAAGCACGUGGGGGUCCUCCUGCAGAGGGGCACGCUGGUCCUGCUUCUCUGCUGCUUGCCCUGCUGGGCACUCUUCCUCAACACUGAGCAGAUCCUGCUGCUCUUCAGGCAGGACCCGACUGUGGCCAGGCUAACCCAAGAAUACGUGCUGAUUUUCAUCCCCGCACUUCCGGUGGUUUUUCUCUACAGUCUGCUGGCAAAAUAUUUGCAAAAUCAGGGAAUCAUCUGGCCCCAAGUCCUUAGUGGUGCUUUGGGCAACUGCGUCAAUGCCUUGGCCAAUUACAUCCUGGUCUUUGUGCUGAGCCUGGGGAUCAGGGGCUCUGCCUACGCCAUGGCCGCCUCCCAGUUCAUGCAGACCAUCGUCCUCUUUCUCUACAUUGUCCUGAAGAAGCUGCACCUGGAGACGUGGGCAGGUGCAAAGGGCCACCCUGCGUUUAGGGGCUGCACAGGCUGGUCCAGUCAGUGCCUGCAGGACUGGGGCCCCUUCUUCUCUCUGGCCAUCCCCAGCAUGCUCAUGAUAUGCAUCGAGUGGUGGGCCUACGAAGUCGGGAGCUUCCUCAUAGAGGAUCAGAAGCUCCCAGGAGGUCCACCAGACCUUUCAUGCCCAGCUCCCAGCGCCACACCCAGCCUGCUCAGUGUGCUGGAACUCUCCGCCCAGGCCAUCAUCUAUGAGUUGGCCACCUUAAUCUACAUGAUACCCCUGGGGCUCAGCAAUGGGGUCUGUGUCCGAGUAGGAACGGCUCUGGGGGCUGCAGAUACUGUGCAAGCUAAGCGGUCGGCCAUCUCCGGCGUACUCUGUACAGUUGGCACUUCCAUGGUUGUGGCCGCCCUGUUGAGCAUCCUGAAAAAUAACCUGGGGCAUAUUUUCACCAAUGAUGAAGAAGUCAUCGCGCUGGCGAAUGAGGUCUUGCCGAUUUACAUCACCUUUCAGCUAUUUGAGGCUCUCAGUUGUGUCUACGGCGGAGUCCUAAGAGGAACCGGCAAGCAGGCUUUCGGAGCCACAGUGAACGCUGCCGUAUACUACCUCAUCGGCCUCCCGCUGGCUGCUGUGCUGAUCUUUGUGGUCAGGAUGAGAAUCAUGGGCCUCUGGCUGGGCAUGCUGGCCUCUACCCUGCUGGUGACCCUUGCCUUUACUGCCUAUACUGCCCGGAUAAACUGGGAGCUGGCUGCUGAGCAGGCUCAGAAACACGCAGGGAUGCAGCAGCAGAGCGAGAGCUCGGUGGGUAUCAUGAGCGCAGCCGCCAGGCCCGGGCCUGAGAAAGCUGUUGUAUCUUCAGUGGCUACAGGAGGCUGCCCUGGCAUCACCCUGACAACAUACUCGAGGCCCGGAGGCCCUAUGGACCUCCUCAGGACUCCAGAAGCAAUCCACACCCAUUCAGCUCCUGCCAGCAGGCUGUCAGUGAAACAGCUGGCCAUCCGCCGCGGGGUUGCGCUGGGAGCAGCAUCAGCCACGCUGAUCAUGGGGUUCAUCAUCAGGGUCCUGACGACUAGGCACUAG